UCUCCCGCAUAGGUGAUUUACUCCUUCCAGUCAAUAUGGCCGCUUUAGAAGCUCCACAAGAGAGGCUGAGGAAAUUUAAAUACCGAGGCAAAGAUGCAUCCGCAAGGCGGCAACAGCGGAUCGAGGUCAGCAUAGAGCUCCGGAAGGCCAAGAAGGACGAACAUACCUUAAAGAGAAGGAACAUCACAGAUGCCUUCUCCAAGCCGUCUUCUAAGGAUGUGGUAGAAGGGACCGGGCCCAACCUGGAUGAAAUAGUCCAUGGGAUGAAUAGCCCAGACCCGGUCCUAUGUUUCUGGGCCACCCAGACGGCCAGGAAACUGCUGUCCCAGGAGAGAAACCCACCCCUGAAGGUGAUCGUGGAAGCGGGACUGGUCCCCCGGCUGGUGGACUUUUUGAAGUGUUUCCUUUACCCUCAUCUACAGUUCGAAGCAGCCUGGGCGCUGACCAACAUCGCCUCAGGGCCCUCGGAGCUAACCCAGGCUGUCGUGGACGCGGGUGCCAUCCAGCCCCUGAUGGAGCUCCUGUCUUCCCCCAAUGUGUGUGUGUGUGAACAGGCAGUGUGGGCCCUGGGUAAUAUAGCAGGUGACAACACAGAGUUCAGAGACAUCGUUAUCUCAAGCAACAUUAUCCCACAUCUACUAGCCCUGGCUUCAACAACCAUACCAAUCACGUUUCUGCGGAACAUUGCGUGGACCCUUUCCAACCUGUGCCGGAACAAGGACCCCUACCCUUGUGAAGAGGCAGUGAAGGAAAUGCUGCCUGCCCUCUUAAACCUCCUGCAACACGAUGACGUCGAGGUUCUCUCGGAUGCCUGCUGGGCCCUGUCCUACCUCACCGAUGGCUGCCAGGAGCGCAUUGACCAAGUGGUUGCCGCAGGAGUUCUGCCCAGGAUGGUGGAGCUCAUGAAAAGCUCAGAACUCCGUAUCAUGACCCCCUCUCUCCGCACGGUGGGAAACAUCGUCACGGGAACAGAUCAGCAGACCCAGAAGGCCAUCGAUGCGGGCAUGCUGGAUGUGCUGGUUCAGCUCCUGAGGCACCCCAAGUCCUCCAUCCAGAAGGAGGCGGCCUGGACGCUGAGCAACGUGGCUGCAGGGAACUGCCAGCACAUCGAGCAGUUGAUCAAUCAUGGCAUGCUGCCCAUCUUGGUGUCGUUGUUGAGAAAUGGAGAGUUUAAAGUCCAAAAAGAGGCUGUGUGGGUGGUGGCUAACUUCACGAUGGGGAGCACCCCAGAUCAGUUGGCCAUGCUCAUCCAAUCGGGAGUCCUGAAGCCGCUGACGAGUCUGCUCACUUGCCAUGACCACAAGACCGUUGUCAUCAUCCUGCAGACCAUCUUCUAUAUUCUCCAGUCUGCAGUGAAUUCUCACGAUUUGGAGAAAAACCUCCGAGCCAUGAGAGCCAAGUGGAGGAAGAAGAGAAUGCGCAGACUGACGUGCAGAGAAGAAAGAUGA